GCACUUGUCCGCUGCAUUUACAGCGUAAUCGCGACCACAUAUUCGCAUCGUGGCUUUCGCGAACUGCAUCGUGCUGCAUACCCUUGUAACCUUGUUAUGUGCGUUUCGCCGUCGCUAUACAUCGGUGAUGUAGACUCGUCGAUGGACACGCUAAGGUGUCUGAGCUAGAAAGAGACAUCAUUUUAAAACAACGCCAGUGUUGUCACAAGAAAAUCUACACUUCCGGAUUCCGUGGUUCAAUAACAGUAUGUGGGAUUCGUGAAUGAUUAGGUGUAUGAAUAGGGAAUAUUCAGCUUGAAAUAUACAGUUGGAUCAGUUCGCGCUAAUCGAGCGUUACGCUAUUCGAUAUUUAAGAAAGUUUCGUCAUGACGCGAAGCUAAACAAAGUGUAAGGACAUUCUGUCGCUGUCAGCAUGUGGACGAAUCAUUUGAUAGUGGCGGCAAUUGUACUCGCGGUUGCCACCGUCUGUCAUGCGGAGUGCCAGACUCGUUCCAUUUACUGCUACGAAUGUGAUUCAUGGACGGAUCUCAGAUGCAAGGAUCCUUUCAACUAUACUGCACUACCCAGAGACCAACCACCGCUGAUGACAUGUAAUGGAUGCUGCGUGAAAAUGGUUCGCAACGCAAAAUCACCGUACGAAAGCGUAAGAAGAACCUGCACCGCGCAGCUACAAAUAAACUUAUUCAUGGUGGACCACGUGUGCAUGAUGGAAAGUACCGGCACUGGUCACAUGUGCUUCUGUGAGGAGGAUAUGUGCAAUCGUGUACCCCCAACCUCGAGCUCGAAUUCCGUACUCCUACUGAUCCUGUCGACUAUCCUUAUUCUGCGUUCGACAAUCUUAAGAGCCUCCGCUUGCUUUGUAGAACGUUGCAAUAAUCAUAUCGUAUAACAUCAAUUAAUUCGAUCCACCCACCGCAGUGGUGUCCAAUCAUAUCCUUUGUAGAAAUUUUAGCGAGUCGACAAAUCGACAACACGACCAGUCGUCGGAACGAACGAUUAAAGCCAACUUCGAUCCCGAAGGUUAGAUCCUUCGAGAUAUUGAAGAAAGUAGUCAAAAGCAUAUAGAGCGAUGGACGAUUGAUGUAUAUCAUUAUUAUUAACU